UCCUGUCGUUCCGAAAGAGCCCAAGCCCUCGACUGCGUACAUGAAGAAGCUCAAGGACGAAUACAAGGCCAAGAAGGCCCUAGAGAAGGCCGCGGAGGAGCCCGAGCCCGAGCCCGAGCCCGAGGUCAAGCCACCCGAGCAGAAGAAAUCCUGGGGCGGCUGCUGCAAGUGCUUUUUGAAGCCCGCCGAGGCCUCCAGGAUGGUCGUGCACACUAUGCAGACCAUCGCGGACGGCAAGACGAAGGAGGACGUCGAAGCGGCUCACGAGCAGAUGGCGUCCAAGGCAGCGGCCGCCGGCUUCACCAGCUGGCGCCGCCGCCGCCUCUCCGCCGCCGCCCUCGCCGCCGCCGCCCUCGCGCCACUGCGCCACCCCUCGCGUGCCUCGCUUGCCCCUUGCCCAGCCCGCCCCCCCACCCUUCCUCCCAGGAGCGCGGCGUGGGACGCGGACGGCACCACCGCCGUCGUGACCGAGGUCUUCGACUCGCCCGACAUGUACUUUGCCUUCAUGGACGAGCUCGACUUCGAGACGGUCUCUGCCAGCAUCAAGUUCGAGGCGCCAAAGCUGCUCUGCACCGAGGAGCAGGCCGCGGAGAUGAGCGACCUGGUCAAGAACUUUGCGAUGGAGACCUUCACCGUGGCAACGGCGGUCAGCGUCCCGUCCGACUGGGACGAGGCCCCAAAGAUGAUCGUGUGCGCCCUCCAAUCCAUCGCGGACGGCAAGACGAAGGCGGACGUCGACGCGGCACACGAGCACGUCGCGUCCAAGGCAAAGGCCGCCGGCUUCACCAACUGGAGCGCCGCGUGGGACGCGGACGGCACGACCGCCCUCGUGAUCGAAAUCUUCGAAGAGCCCGAGAUGUACACGCAGUUCGUCGGCGGCCUCGACAUGGCGAUGGUCACCGGGAGCAUCAAGUCCGACGACGCGAAGCUGGUCUCCACGGCGGAGGAGGCCGCGGAGAUGGGCGAACUGAUCGCGUCCUUUGGGAUGAAGCCCUACACGUUGACCUGCUACGGCUUUGCUGCCUAGACUGCCCCUCCGCGUUGACCUGCUCGGCUUUGCUGCCUAAGCUGCCCCUCCGCACCGGGGUGUGCUUUUGGAGUACGUGGUAGUCUAGGGUGACGCGUCACGCUGGGUGGGGGGGGGGUGGGGGUUCGAGAGUAACCAUUUUUGAACGCUGUUAAAAAGGCCA